UUGGUGUGUAGAUAUAUUUAUGUUGAUUAUUGUGUAUUAUACAUGGGACACGACCUUUUACACGGCCGCAUUCUUUUCUCUCCACCUAUCAUAAUCCUCUCUCUUAGCUCCGCCCACUAGCUAAAGAAGUGUAAACUUCCCGCUACGAAAUUUACCUGGUUUGCUCUGGAUGUUUACUUUGUACAUAAUUUCUGACGACUGUACUUGCUUUAAAAUUUGCUUUGUGUUAUCGUGCAAUAUACGUUGUUACUGCCCAUCAUAUUGAACCUGGUCGCGUACAGCUCAACUAUAAUGCGAUUAACUAAGACGACCACGCUAAGGGUCAUGAAGACAUUGUCACCCAGAGUAUAUUUGUACGCGGUGUUCACUCUAUGCGUAUGGUGUGUCUUCCGAGAGGCGCUCCGCCACGACGUGGACUCGGGCCCGGAGCCUCUGGCCCUGAGGAUUCCCAGAUUGCCUCCCCGUCGGUCCUCGCAUCCCGACAUCUUCCUAGCCGACGAUUCGGAGCAAGGGCAUCUCUGGCGCACACAAUUUCUGAAGACAGCUGCCAGAAUAUCGAACUCCAGCCUCUCUCCCGGACCUAAUCCUGCUGGGCUGGACCUGGGCCCGACGCACCUCACCCAGGUCACUCCAGGUGCGUGGCGGGUCUGGGAAGUCCUGGGGGGCGCCGCUCAAGUCUUGAGUCACUACCUGACCACCCCUACGGCCUCCUGUAUGAGGCUUGUUAGGAUGGGCGGCUCAUCCUGCGUCAGGAGACUUGACGGCGAUAAGCUUGUCUGCCUCGAUCCGAGAUUCGGUAUUUCCCCUAGCAGGAGGACUCUUCAUUCGCCCUCCUCUUGCUUGGUGCUGUCGGUCGGCGUGGGGCAUGACCUCUCCUUUGACCUCGCUAUGACCCAGCUUGGCUGUCGGAUUCACGCUAUCGACGAUGACGAUUCCUAUAGGUCGUGGAGCGAAGAUCUGGGAGAAGGACUGAGCUUCCACCGGGGUCGCUUGGGGACUCGCUCCGGGGCCUUCACGUUCUGUGACCAAGGCAAGGGAAUCGCCUCCUGUGCAACAUUCACGCACUACACGCUGAAGAGCCUAAGGAAUAUGUUGGGAUAUGACAAGUCUCGACGUCUGCACUACCUCAAAGUGGACAUCGAGGGAGCUGAGUGGGACGUUCUGGCGCAGGCGACGAAGAAAGGAUGGCUCGAUGAAGUGCACCAGUUGGCCGUGGAGAUCCACCUGGAGGACCUGCGCGACCCAGAGCUGGGCGAGGCCGAGAGGAGAGACGUCGCGGCAGCCUACCUGGACGUGCUGGCCAGGCUGGAGGCGAGCGGCCUCAGCCUGGCCGCCUUUGCCCCCAACAUCAGGAACCCCGAGGUGUGCACGCUCGCCGGAGUUUCGGUUCCCUGCUAUGCUGAGGUCCUGUGGCUGAGGCAGUGAUUGUGAUUCGAUUAGAACAAUGCUGACUGCGGCUGUGAUCAAUCAGGUGCAUUUUCACACACACACACACACACACACACGCACGCACGCA